AUGCAUCAUGAUGGCGUUGGUACAGGCGCAUACAGGGAUCCUAUCCGUACCGCCGGCGAGGAUUUCGAGAACCCCCCUCCCCCCCCUCUCAAGUCCAGUAAAAGACGCCUCCCGUUUGUCCGGGUGUUGCUAGUGUUGCUAAUCGCUUCGCGCUCGUUGGCUUCUCCCGAUCCCUGUCAUAUCCUGGCCACAGCUCUCGGUCAAGACCUUUUCCCCUCCUCUUCUUCCCUUAGUCCUAUCGGUACAUUGGCACUUUUCGGCCUCGGCCUCAACGUCACCGGCUGGAGGGAGCCGAGAUGCGCGCGGGGAAGAUUUUAA